UGAACGCAAUGAACGUUCAGUUCGUGUCAAUAGUCUCCGGGAACUCUAUGACUGGGCUGAUUUCAUUAUAACUCCGCAUCGCGUGCACCAUUCCAAGUGUUCGUUUUUCCCUUUACGUGAUAUCGCAGAGUGUUUUCAUUUUUUCCUGCGGAUUCUUUACGUAAUAUAUUCCUGUGAAGGACUUUAAUGCACAUUCCAUACUUAUAGUUCCGUGCCAUGAGGAUGAAGAAGGUUCUUUGACAGGAAAGUAAAACAAAAGGAAGAAUGGGAUCUAACGACAUUUCUGCCCACGUGUACGAGCGUGUAAUCAGCAUUAUAAGUAAGCCGCCCCACAGAAGGACUGAACUAGAGAUCUGUCAGAUCCUAUCCUGGUUCAAGAAAAAGUCGGAAUUAUUCAAACAACUCAAAGACGAGAUUAUUGCUGACAUAGUGAAGAACUGUGAAUUCGAGACAGACGACAAAGAUGACGUCAUCAUAAAGCAAGGAGAUAAAGGCGAAUGUUUCUUCAUUAUCCUAAGUGGAACAGUAUCUAUUUAUAUCAAUACAAAUUUUGGUGCUGAUGAUGACGCGGGAAAUACGUCACCGGAAGUUGAAGUGGUGAGAACUAAAAGCGGAGUACGAAACAAACCACUUGAUAGGUCUAUUUACGGGAAUUAUGUGGGCAAAAUUGAUGCUGGGCGGAGUUUUGGAGAGCUAGCUCUGAUAAACGCCGAUUGUAUACGGAAUGCCACGAUCAUUGCCGAUGAGAAAACCGAUCUGGUUAUUGUCAACAGGGACUUGUACAAGAGAUCACUCCAUGAAUUUCAGGCUAAGGAUUUUGAAGAUAGGAAGCGGUUUGUGGACAGCCAUGCCAUGUUCGAUAACUGGAUGCCUAAGUACAAAAAGCAGAUGGCAAUGAGUCUAAGGCGGGAAAAAGUCCUGUUUGACUCCACCAUUGUCCGCCAGGGGGCGCCCGUUGAUGGCAUUAUGUUUUUGUUAAGUGGUCAGGUGAAAUUGCUGAUGGACCCUGUGUAUCACACAGUGCAGUAUCCGAACUAUUUCCCGAUAGCGGAUCCCGAAGACUUAGAGCGAACUCAGGCCAGGGAAUUACUACGCAGAGAGCUGAGCAUAUCUCCGUCCAAACUCGAGGACUAUAAAAAGUAUUCACCCUCCACAGUGUCCUCAAUGUCCUCCUCCGAGAGCCGGUGUAAAACUAGGACCUCCCAGGUGCCGAGACACGCCAUGGAGGUCUGUAAUCUGGGGGCCUUCGAGAUAAUAGGUGACCUGGAGGCGGUGAUUGAUUUACCUACAUACUGUUACACGGUGAAAUGUUCCCAGGAAGCGGAAGUGUUCAUUCUCGACCAGAAAAACUAUGACAGACUGAUAGAAAAACGCAAUCCUAAAGUUAUUGAAAUUCUUAAAGAGUCAGUCAGAGAAAAAUAUAAACUGAGACUAUCAUGGCUUCCAAAAAAGGAACUUCCACUUAUACGAUACUUUCUGUUUAUGCUUCGGGAGGAGGAACGAGCAAAAAAGACUCGUCCCCAGAAAACAAUCAACAAAGAACCCACACAAGAUUGGAGUGUGUCCAACCUUAAAAAAGGACCCUUAAUAGACAUGUUUGGACCCGGGAGUGUGUUCUUCCUGAUUCGAAUGAAGGAAAAACAACGUCAACUAGAAAAAGAACGUUACCAGGGUGCCAAAAAGAGGCUGCAACAGACACGUCCAAGGAACCCGCCAAAGAUUGCUCCUACAGUAGAAACAAUUAUGUACCAGAGUUCAAACGAAGGAACAUUUGUGUCACAGUUAGGGCGGGCGUCCACACUGGACAGCGGGGUUGGUUCCAGUAGAACUCCAGAUAGAAUGGAGGAUGUCUCAUGGGAUGACAGUGGCAGAGAGUCUUCCCACAGUCGACUUGUCUGUGAAAGUUCACAGGGUCGCCAUGGAGAUAUGUCGCCUAGUCACGACUUCACCUUUAUUGACCCGGAAAUUAACGAUGAUAACCUUUUACGACUUGAACAAAGACUUGAAGCUUGGAAUAAUAAAAUGUCUUCCGAAACUCAGAGGAAAAAGAACACGAAACCUGUCAAACUACCUCGAUAUGUGCAUGAGGGUCCCUUGGCUCCCAUACCUGGUAAAAAGGUGUUCAUAAAGCCGAUACGGAGGAAAGACAUUGAUAUUAUUGAGACUAUAAAAAAGAACCUGGAGGACAAUAACUCUAGUUCACUAAGCAGUUACAGAGAGGCGGAGUCCCUCGAUCGCAGCGCCCCGCAGACAGCAUCAUCGGUCAGAAUCCAAACAAACGGAAAGAAAAUUCGACAUCGGCCCUUUAACGUUUCGUUUGGUCAGCAUCCUAUUGUGCGCCGGAAAAGGGCCGCAAAAGCGAGACAAUACACCGCGGAAGAAUAUGACGCGCUGAAAGAAGAACUUCGCCGGAAACAACAAACAUUUAAGUCGAUUUUUACCCGACCCCAGUCGGCGUUUGCCUGAAGAUUUUUCGACUGACGACCUGGAAUAAGAAGAACACCCUCUCAUCAUUGUCCUCGUAUAGAAGAUAUUGAUUCUUGAAUUAACAUUAAAGUAUCUUAUGAAAAUCAAUUGUCAUACAGA